GGGGCUCACAUGCCUCACGUGCCCAAGACCACACACCCCCUCACACCUGUCCUGUCCUUGACGACGUCCUUCGAAGCGAGCGGCAGCAGCAGCUCAACCCCAUUCCCCCUCCCCAAAACGCCUCUUCUUCAUAACGCACACGCUACUUUUACGCUACUUUUCUGCGUUGUGAUUACACGACACUGCCAUAUCAUCUCUCUCUCUCUCUUCCCCAGCGACCGCUGCCACAUUCAUACAUUGCUCACUUUUUUUUUAAAUUCUUGUUACGCUUUCCACAGCCAUGGCUCUCUACUCCGCUACCCCCAUCCGCUCCCUUCUUGCCGCGGCCCCGGCCGAUGGCAAGAAGAAGAAGCUCGGCUUCAUGGAGGACUUCCUCCUCGGUGGUGUUGCCGCUGCCAUCUCCAAGACGGCCGCUGCCCCCAUCGAGCGCGUCAAGCUCCUGGUCCAGAACCAGGCUGAGAUGCUCAAGUCUGGCCGCCUCGACCGCCCCUACACCGGUGUUGCUGACUGCCUCAAGCGCGUCGUCGCCGACGAGGGCGUCGGCUCCCUCUGGCGUGGCAACCUGGCCAACGUCAUCCGUUACUUCCCCACUCAGGCCCUGAACUUUGCCUUCAAGGACAACAUCAAGGCCCUGUUCGGUUUCAAGAAGGAGCGCGAUGGUUACUGGGUGUGGUUCGCUGGCAACAUGGCCUCGGGUGGUCUUGCCGGUGCCGCUUCCCUCUGCUUCGUCUACUCUCUGGAUUACGCCCGUACCCGUCUUGCCAACGAUGCCAAGUCGGCCAAGGGUGGUGGUGAGCGUCAGUUCAACGGCCUCGUCGAUGUCUACCGCAAGACCCUCGCCUCGGACGGUGUUGCCGGUCUCUACCGUGGCUUCGUCAUCUCGUGCGUUGGUAUCAUUGUGUACCGUGGCUGCUACUUCGGUUUCUACGACUCCCUCAAGCCCAUGCUCGGCAAGGACCUCGAGGACAACUUCCUUGCCACCUUCGCUCUCGGCUGGGUCGUGACCAUUGCUGCCGGUCUUGCUUCCUACCCCCUGGAUACCAUCCGUCGUCGCAUGAUGAUGACCUCUGGUGAGGCUGUCAAGUACAAGAGCUCCAUUGACUGCGGUGCCCAGAUCCUCAAGGCUGAGGGUUUCAGCGCUUUCUUCAAGGGUGCGGGUGCCAACAUUCUCCGUGGUGUUGCCGGUGCCGGUGUGCUUGCUGGUUUCGACAAGGUCAAGUCCAUGUACACUGCCUGGCGCUUCGCCGACGAGAACUAAGCAGCGGGUCGGCAGCCGAGCCGCGCUCGGGUGGCCCGGAUCACGCAUUGCCCCCUGUCGUGUUCUUUUUUUUCCCGCUCAAUUUAGCUUGCUUGAUCGGA